AUGCCGGUUAGGGGGGGGCGCCGCCGCCGCCAUGUUCCCCGUGGCUGGGCUUCGUCGUGCGGCGCGGCCGUGACUCCCGCCGGCCACUUCCCGCCUCCCCUGGGGCCUCCCGGAGCCUCGCUGGAGCCGACUAGUCCAACAAUGCAUAGUGUGAAUAGCUCAGAGACUCCCUGGCUACUAAGAUUUACGUGUCCGAGACCUGUGAGGGAACACACUCAGCAAAGGCCUUGGCAGGCAGCACCUGAUGAAAGUCGAGAUGUCAUUGCUUCUGCUCAGUGCAUCUUGGACAGAGAAAAUUAUUUUGUGAGGGAGUUGGACAGAUAUUUAAGCCACAAUGAUUUCUUAAAUCUGAGAAAGAAGGAGAUCCUUUACAAGAAAUGGCUUGAGGAUGUUUCAGAGCCACUGCUGCAGAAAAUUGAGGACAAAAUGGACAGCCAGUCAAGCAAAGAAAUACAGAAAAGGAAAGAAGAACAACUCUCUCUCUAUUUAAACUACUGUAAAAAGAAGGGCUAUGUGGCUUUGGAAGCUUACGACCCAUCAGAGUACAAUCCGUUCUUCUUGAAGACAUGUACAGACUGCUGGAAGGUUUCAAUACCAACUUUACAGGAUCCUCUGUUAAAAGACAUUCAAAGAAAGUUUACCGAGACGGGCAUUAUCAAGCAGUGUGAGACAGGAAGACCGUGUUCUACCAGAGAGCUGAACCAACUCAGUAAAGCAGAACUGCCACUGCUUCCUUUGAGCCGGCAACGUCUGGAUGCAGUUGAGUGGCUGAAGAUACCACAUGCCUACAUUGCUAGUGAGGUCCACCAGACAAAGAGGCAGAAAGUCAUCAGCCACCACAAAGAUGUCGAGAGCCGAUGAUGUUACUUGUCCUCUAGCUGACUGCAGCAGCAAGCACAACCAUCAGAAGGUACCAUUUGCAAAAUAUGUUACAUCGUCUGCCAAAGCCAGUGAUAACAGGCCAGGUCUUCUGGCAAACUGCAAUAAACUGUCUUAAACACAUGGUUCUGAAGUAGCUACCCAGCAACCAAAGAAAUGUUUGAGAUGCUACUGCUAUUUCCAGCUCCAGGCCAUGCUCUGCAGGCCAAACCCUACUAUUUUAGGAGGUUUAACGUAGGCUCAGCCCUACAAAGGCAGUGCUGAUGUUCUCUGGUUUAGAGCGUGAGGGAAUCAUUGUAUUAAUGGACAUGAACUGGUGAGAGAAGUUCAGGAAGUCUGGUAGGCCCCUCUUCUACACAGUGCAGGAUCUGUGUGUUAUCUAUUGUUCUGGCAACAGCUACAGCUCUGAGUCUGCUGUAUUACAUGUUACAAGAAGUAGGAAAGUUAGCAGUGGGCAGAGGGAAUGGCAAAGCUUGCAAAACUUUAGCUACAGCUGUUGCAAUUUUGCAUGAAGCUGAAAGAGGUCACCUUGAGAUUUAAGAACAAAUCCUCUCUUUGAAUGAAGAGAAGGAGGUGUUCCCAGCUAUGUGUGUGGUUGGCAGAUGUGUACAGAGGAGCGGCUUAGAAAGCACUGAUAAGGAAACAAUGAUUUGGUUUUGUUUGUUCAAAUCUUCAUUAGAACUCCCAUAGUGAAUGUCUUGCAAAAUAUUAUUUGCAAAAUAAUGUUUAGGGUACUACCAAGGUUUCAAAGGACUUUCUCCUGGGGGCAGUGUACAAGCAGUAAAUCAAACUUUACAUUAUUGAGUGUUCUGAGAAGGCAGGUCAUAAUUAGGGGAGGGGAGAUGUCUAGUACUUUUCAGAGGGUCAGUGCUGAGCAACAAAUACUGUCAGUGCCCUACAGCUCAGGUUCUCUCUUGUUCCAGCAUGGUCUCUGUCUCCGUGCUAGUGUGCCUGCACAGCAGCUCUGGCAUCAAAGCCAGAAAACAGUUUUCGCAGUGCUUUUUCAAGAAGCUCCAAACUCCCACUGUACAAACACAAUCUCUCAAGAGUUGCCAAGAUUUAGUUUUAUUUAGGAUUAGAAAUACUGAACCACAGAAAACUGUUAAAAGUAACAGAGGUUGACUCAGCCCUGUAACAGGAGGGUGCACAGAUGGCAAUCGGGUGUGAAACUGUCAGACACCAGGAGGUAUUGCUACACCCAUGGAAAACAAGGGCAGGCGCUGCUCAGAAUUGCAUGCUGUGCUUUUUCAACAAAGCAGUUUAAGGAGGCAGUAAAAUGGUUACAAUGUAUCAAACCUUUUAUAAACAAACUUUUUUUUUUUUUAACCAUCCCAGAUUUUAGUGCCAAGGCAAAGUUCUUGCUUUCAACCAAUCUCAUUUUACAGAUUCCUGUUGGGGGGAGAGUUCCCCAGAGCAAACCUUUUAAACUUGUAAUAAACUUUUCUUGAAUUUAA